AUGCAGGGGACUAUUGCACGGGUCUUCAUGGUGGUUGCAGCUGCCAUUCUCAACCACCCACUGUUAUUUCCCAAAGAGAACACCACCAUCCCAGAGGAAGAAGAUGAUAUUUUGGCUCGGAUGAAAGAGCACGAAUUGAGGCUGCAGGCUGAACAAGAGCGUCUUGAGCAGGAUAUUUCAGAGGCAGACCAAGAAGCCUAUGACUGCUAUGGUUGGUACCUCUGGAGUGCACUUUCUAUUGUCAUUUUUUUUACUAUUGAGUUUUGUAGGCAGGAUCUGCACAUUGCGGAACCAUCUGAUCCUGAUGAAGAUGGCUACACCUACAGCGGAUCUGUCAAUUCUAAGGUUUUGGCUUUUAAUAAAUGUGUCCUAAGCAACUUCUGCAAAACCAGUCUCAGUCCUUUUGUCCAUGAGUGUGGAAGGGUGCAGGAAUUUGUUGAAGGUUUUGCAGAUGACCUGCUAGAGGCUUUGAGGAGCAUCUGUGACCGUGAAGCUGAUAUGGAGCUUGAGGAUUUUGUCGGAGUGGGCAGCAUGUUUGAGUCUUGGCGAGUUUGUAAGCCUCUAAUGUGCGACCUGAUUGUGCCAUUUGCAACCCCAGAGCCUUACCGGUUCCAGUUCCAGCUGUGGUGUGAUGCAUCUGCAGACAUUCCAUUGGACAUGCAGGGGUGUGGGAGGAUUAAGUUGACAAAGACAGGUGGAGACUGCCCUGACUGUGGUACAACCAACCUCGGCGAUGAAAUGCUAUGCCUGCUUCACAACAGUAACCAAAAUUGCAAAGCUGAUGACCAUGCCUUGGAGGAACUUCUCUGCGCAAAAAACACUUGUUAUCUGUCCAAAGAUCAGGUCAUGAAGUGGUUCCAGAUCUCAGUGACCAGAGCGUGGGGACAGAUCUCACACAAGUAUGAGUUUGAGCUCAAUUUCCGCAGUCUGGAUUUCCCUGGGGCUUUGAAGGUCAGGUUUAAGUCUGGAAAGGUUAUUGUUCUAAACAUUACCCCCGUUGUACAAUUUGAGGACUCUGAUGCCUACUUCGUCUCUCAUUUUUCUUCAGACUGUAGCAACACUUCAGAUACCCACUGGCAUCUAUCAUUUACUAUUUAUGAAAGAAACCUGCUUAAACUCAUGGCAAAAAGACUUCCAGAGAACUCCUGCCACCUCCGAUGCCUUCAGAUAGUGACUUUUCUGCAUAGAAAACAGUCCGGUCUGCGAGGCAAAACAGCCCUUACAAAUUACCAUUUAAAAACUGCUCUAUUGCAUCUGCUUUUGUGUAAAUCUACUUCAGCAUGGCGACCGCAGUGUCUGGACCAGAGAUUGCGAGACUUGUUAGUUUUUCUACAUAAAUGCUUGCAGGAAAAGAGACUUACUCAUAUUAUCAUAGGGAACCCACUUGUUCCAGCUGAAACUGGAAUUCCAGCAAUGUUUCGGGUGACAGAACCCAUAAACCUUUUCAGGCCUUUGGUGUUACAGAGACAAAUAUAUGCCAGAAUGGUGGAGAAUUUUGAAGAGAUGCUCAGAAAUGCGCCGGUGCUCAUUCAGGAGUACUCCCCUCAUUUCUCCAAUGGUAAUGUCCAUCAUGGUGUCAACUCAGUCUAACAACUCAGUGCUAGACUGACUAAAUGAUUUAACUCUGUAGCUUAGUCUUCAGUCCUGAAGAAGCAUAUUUUUAAAAAUGUUUUAUGUUUAUUUUUUUACUUGGGAGUGGAAUAGUAAUUAAAAAUGUAAUUAUAAUACAG